ACGUCGUCAGUAUUUUGUUAUAACUUUUCCAUGAUUCACCACUUUAUAUUUAUCCCCAUUUUCAAAGGUUUUCUAGUUUUCUAAGGAACUCAUUGUUUAAAAAUUCAAACUGUAAUAUAUUCAGUCUAGUAUUACAUUUUUCUUGCUAGUAACUUAAUUAGUCCAAAUGUAGUAGUCGGUUUUCCAUGAAAAACUUGAGAGCAUCAGGAAAAAUCUACAGACAUAAUUCAACUUGUAACUAUGCUUUUUAAAAGUCAAAGGAAAGAGAGCAGAGAUCUAUCAUCAUGAAACAUGACCUUGAAAACUCUUCUUGGCAGUCGUUUCUUUUGUCUAACUCUACUUAUGUUUCCCAGUACCAUAUUUGGAUUGCCAUCUGUAGUACGAAUAGGAGCGAUAUUUACAGAAAAUCAAAAAGGAAGUGCCGCAGAAAUAGCAUUCCGAUAUGCCGUAUACAAAAUCAACAGGGACAAGACCUUACUACCUCACACCUCCCUUCUCUAUGAUAUACAGUACGUUCCGGCUGAUGAUAGUUUUCAUGCAAGUAAAAAAGCUUGUGGCCAGGUUAAAAAUGGUGUUUACGCAGUAUUCGGACCAUCAGACCCACUUUUAGGAGCUCAUAUUCACUCUAUAUGCGACGCUUUAGACAUUCCCCACUUAGAAGCUAGGAUCGACAUUGACAGCGACCUCAAAGAGUUCUCGAUUAAUUUAUACCCAGCUCAAAAUUUGCUCAACACAGCUUUCGAAGACAUCAUGGGGUUUCUUAAUUGGACUAAAGUCGCUAUUAUUUAUGAGGAGGAUUAUGGUAUUAAACUAAACAUAUUUCAUAUAAUAUUUAUUAUUUUAAUACGGUUUCUAGGCUUAAUAAAGCUGCGCGAACUUGUUAGGGCGCCGCAUAAUAAGAAUUUAGAAAUUCAUCUGAGACAAGCCGAUCCUGAAUCGUACAGAACCGUGUUAAAAGAAAUUAAAACGAAGGAGAUAAAUAAUAUUGUUAUUGAUACAAAGCCAAGUAAUAUGCAGUUGUUUCUUAAAGGGAUCCUUCAACUUCAGAUGAAUGACUACAAGUACCACUAUAUAUUCACUACUUUCGAUAUAGAGACUUUUGACUUAGAAGACUUUAAGUACAACUUCGUUAACAUGACGGCUUUUAGGAUUGUCGAUAUUGAUCAACUUUAUGUUAGAGAAGUUUUAAGAGAUAUGGCCAAGUUUCAAGCUAAUCAAGAAUUGGCUCCCAUAAAUGGAAGCUAUAUUCAGGCGGAGGCAGCUUUAAUUUAUGAUUCUGUAUUCGUGUUUGCUAUUGGACUUCAAACUUUAGAGCAGAGCCAUAGCAUUAAGCUAUCAAAUGUGUCUUGUGAUAAAGAGCAACCUUGGGAUGGUGGGCUAAGUUUAAUUAAUUAUAUUAAUACGGUAGAUGUGAAAGGGCUUAGUGGACCAAUAGAGUUCAAAGAAGGCAAAAGAAUUCGUUUUAAACUAGAUCUUUUGAAACUAAAACAACACGCCUUAGUGAAAGUGGGCGAAUGGCAUCCAGGGAUGGGUGUAAAUAUUACAGACAGAAACGCCUUUUUUGAUCAUGGAUCGAUGAAUGUUACAUUGGUUGUUACAACAAUAUUACAUGUUUUGCAUGCGCUAUCCGAUAACCAGGAAACACCUUAUGUGAUGAUGCAUGGCAGCAAAAACUAUACAGGCAACACAAGAUUUUAUGGAUUUUGCAUAGAUAUACUAGAACGCGUAUCUCAAGAAGUUGGUUUUGACUAUUUGCUGGACUUAGUGCCUGAUAGGAAGUAUGGGGCAUGCGAUCCAGAAACUGGACUUUGGAAUGGCAUGGUUAGGGAACUAAUGAUGCAUGAGCAACCUUAUGUAAUGCUUAAAAGCUCACCGUCCCCAAUUCCUCAUGACCGCUACGAAGGUUUCUGCAUAGAUCUUCUUAAGGAGCUAGCGAUUAUGGUAGGCUUUGAAUAUAGAAUUGAAUUGGUUCCGGAUGGAAAGUAUGGAGCCAUCGAUCUCGAAACUGGCGAGUGGAACGGGAUUGUGAGACAGCUAAUGGAAAAGAAAGCCGACUUAGCCGUCGGAUCGAUGACAAUAAACUAUGCCAGGGAAAGUGUCAUAGAUUUCACCAAGCCCUUCAUGAAUUUGGGAAUCAGCAUUUUAUUUAAGGUACCUACAGACAAAGAAUCCGCCUUCUUCACGUUCCUAGAUCCCCUGGGAGUCCAAAUAUGGUUUUCAACCUUGGGGGCAUUUUUUAUGUCAGGAUUCAUGAUAUAUUUUUUAGCCAUGUUUACGCCUUGCGAAUGGGUGAAUCCUCACCCAUGGAAAAAGAAAAUAAAUCCGGAACUAGUUAACCGGAUGAACAUGUCCAACGCUUUCUGGUUUGUUACCGGAACUUUAUUGAGGCAAGAAAGUGGAGUAUCUCCGCAGGCAACAUCAACCAGAAUAGUAGGAGGCAUUUGGUGGUUUUUUACCCUUAUAAUUAUAUCGUCGUAUACAGCCAACUUGGCUGCAUUUUUAACAGUAGAAAGAAUGAUUACACCAAUAGAAAAUGCAGAGGAUCUUGCCAGUCAAACGGAAAUUCCUUAUGGAACAUUAGAGAGUGGAAGCACCAUGACCUUUUUUAGGGAUUCCAUGAUAGAGACUUAUAAGAAAAUGUGGCGCUUUAUGGAAAACAAGAAACCAUCAGUAUUUGUACCGACUUACGAAGAAGGUAUUAAGAAAGUACUGGAAGGAAAUUACGCUUUCCUUAUGGAGUCUACCAUGUUAGACUAUAUUGUCCAGAGGGACUGUAAUUUGACUCAAAUUGGUGGAUUACUCGACUCAAAAGGAUACGGCAUCGCAACCCCAAUGGGUAGUCCUUGGAGAGAUAAGAUAUCUUUGGCUAUAUUGGAAUUGCAAGAAAAAGGAGAGAUUCAAAUGUUAUAUGAUAAAUGGUGGAAAAAUACAGGAGAGACAUGCACAAGAAACGACAAAUCAAAGGAAUCCAAAGCAAAUAGCUUAGGAGUAGAUAAUAUAGGCGGCGUCUUCGUCGUGUUACUAUGUGGUUUAGCGUUUGCUGUUAUUAUUGCCAUAAUUGAAUUUUGCUAUAAUUCCAAGAAAAAUGCUAUCGCUGAAAAGAGAUCUCCCAGUGCCCCUCAUCAAUCGAUAUGUUCGGAGAUGGGAGGAGAAUUAUGUUUUGCAAUAAGAUGUCGUGGCUCGAGGCAAAGACCAGCAUUAAGAAGACAAUGCUCUAAAUGUAUUUCAGGCAUUACGUAUGUGUCUUCUCCUUUAGACAUUCCUCCACAUCCUCCACAGCCACCGGCAAGGGCGGCCCCUGGUUCGAACGGUUUUAGCCCCAGAGUCUGUCCGUCUCAUAUACAGUUUAAGGAAGACCUCCCUCCAUUUCAAAUUGAAAAGCAAAAAGCACCUGCCAAUCAAGGAAGUAACCGGAAUAUUUCGCAAAUACACCGUAGCGAUUUUUCGAACUAAUUACUGUUUUCUGGCAUAAAAGCGCACAGAGAAAAGAAAUCGUUUAUUAAAAUAAAAAAAACUGUAUUGUCCUAUG